AUGGCCGCCGGCGGAGAGGGCAUGCGCCUAUUCUGGGUGCAGCUGGGCCUCAUCAUCCCCUGCCUCAUCUUCUCCGGCCUGAGGAUCUACGUGCGCGUCUUCAUCACCCGCUCCUUUGCCCCCGACGACUGGGCCAUCAUGAUCGCCACGACGCUGUUUCUUGUCUCGAGCUCCAUUACUAUGCGCGGCGCCACGUACGGCGCCAUGGGCCAGGGCGACCAGCGUCAUGCCGGUGGCGGUGGCGGCGGCGGCGGCGGCGGCGGCGGCGUGGAGCACGUCGUCACCUCCAUGAAGGGCAUCUACAUCUGCACCGCCAUCUACGCUCUCACGACGCUCGCCAUCCGCGUCUCCGUGUGCCUCUUCCUGCUGCGCAUCGUGACGCGCCGGCUGCACCGGCGGGUCCUUCACGCGCUUCUCGCCGCCGCGGCAUUUGCGUCGGCUGGGUAUCUCCUCACCACCUUGCUGCAGUGCUGGCCACCGUCUUUCUUUUGGGAUCGCGUGCGCUACCGCGGCGGCGGCAGCAGCACGGUGCAUGAAAUUGGAGCGACAGCAGCAGGUGGUGAUGGAGGAGGAGGAAGGGGAGGAGAUGAAGCAGGCGGACGCGGCGGCAUCACCGCUCCGUCGGCAUAUUGCAUCGGAGAAGGGACUGUGUCGACGGUUGCCAUGGUGCACGCCGCCGUAUCGGCCCUGUCGGCGUGGGUGGUGGGCUUGCUGCCCGUGGUGAUGCUAUGGAACGUCCGGAUGGAGACGCGCAACAAGGUGACGGUCAUUGCCUUGCUGGGCCUGAGUAUCGUCGCGGGAAUCACCAUCAUCGUUCGCAUGACGACGCUGACAUUCACCGAAGACUCCACGCCCGGCUACUUCAAGUCGACCAUGCAAGUGACGACAAAAGGCCCCCAGUUUUCAUUUCCAGGGCGGACGUUGCUCGUUGGCGGCGUUGCUGACUGGACGAAUCGCAGGAACACGGCCAUGUGGUCUUCCAUCGAGCCCAGCGUGGGCAUCAUCGCGGCCUCGAUACCGACGCUUCGCCCGCUCUUCAAGCGACGGAGCCGCCGGGGGUCUCGCUCUCGGCCCAAGUCUUCGACCACCGUCCGCCGCACCGUCACCACCGUCCACCGUUCCAGCAGGCCGCAGUGGGUGGAACUGACGACGCGCCCGUCUCGUUGCGACGAGGAGGCGGCACAUGUCGGCAGUAGCGGUGAGAGCGGAGCGACGUCAUCGAGAGACAGCGACAAGCCAGUAUGGAUCACCACCGUAGAGAAGGGGGAAAGCUGUGAUGAGGCCGCGCUGGGUGGAAUUACCAUCCACACGGCCAUCCGGGUUACGUCACAUACACGCGGGUGA